UGUCCCGCAUGCUCACAGCAUUCACACUGUGCUCCUGCUUACACCACUAGCUCAGCAACCCACCAACCCAGAGCAGCCAACUUGUGCUAGCCAGGCUUAUUGUAUGGACGCGUGUUUCUGCAUGGAAUCAUAAAGCGAGCUCUGCUGCUGUGUGUGCUGCUCAUCUCUCUCCUCUCUGAGAGGCUGGGGACGGGAGCAGCGCGGCAGAGCGGCUGACUUUGAGUAAAAUCUGAGAAACGCAGGGCAGAGAAACUCAAUCCCGGGGCGGUUGGCUGCAGCCCGUUAGACUGCAUUGAGCUCCCUCGGUAUAGGAGGAGGAGGCGGGUCCAGGAGGAAAACACGGCUAAAUAAAGCCUAUUACAGCAGCAUCAUGGGCUGAUCCUAAAGCUGCUGCCGGAAUGAAGCGAAAAGAAGCGAGAAUGAAGACCAAAGUGGAGAUUUCGAGAAGAUACCGGUGAAGAGAGCUGAACCGCAGUGUGAAACAGACAGACUGCAGCUGUGUGAAUGUGUACGGAGAAGAUACAUAAGGAGAAACUGGCUGGAAAGAGAUGGCAGCCAAUCACGAGCCGUGGUUGCUGUUGGUCACAGUCAGUCAUGACUACCUUGGCUGUAGGGUCUUUCAAGUCCCUUGGUCUUCAACGGUCCAGCACAUCAAGCUGCUCGUCUACGAAGAAACACACUUCCCUGUGUGUGAGCAGCGGCUGCUUCACAAUGGAAAAGUGAUUAAUGACAGAGUUGAAGUUGGAUCUUUGGUACCGCACGGGAGUCGUGAAAUAUUCAUGACGCUGCACGGCCGAGGCCUGAGAGGGGGAGGGAGGUUUGGACAGACUACUCCACCUUUAGUGGAGUUCCUGAAGGACAUUUUACGUAGAUAUCCAGAGGGUGGACAAAUACUGAAAGAGCUGAUUCAGAAUGCAGAGGAUGCAGGUGCGACAGAAGUUCGGUUUGUGUAUGAUGAGACUGAAUAUGGGGUGGAGUCACUGUGGUCUCAAGAUAUGGUCCAGUAUCAAGGAACUGCCUUGUAUGUGUACAACGAUGCAGUUUUCACAAAGGAGGACUGGAAUGGGAUUCAGGAGAUUGCAAGGAGUAGGAAAAGAGAGGACCCUUUAAAAGUUGGGCGAUUUGGUAUUGGAUUCAACUCUGUUUACCACAUAACAGAUGUUCCAAGCAUAUUCAGUGGGGAUCAAAUUGGUAUGCUGGACCCUCAUCAGAUGCUUUUUGGAGUUCACGAGUCUGGUCAGUGCUGGAACUUGAAGUCUGACUCAAAGGAAAUAAUGGAGCUUCAUGACCAGUUUGCUCCAUUUUUUGGCCUGUGUGGCAGCUCGGAAGACACCGUUAAAGAGGGCAACUUUCCAGGAACGCUUUUUCGCUUUCCCCUCCGCAUGAAACCUUCUCAGCUGAGCAGCAACAUCUACAAUAAAGAGAAAGUUCUGGAGCUGUUUGAGUCCUUUAAGGCGGAUGCAGACACGGUGCUGCUGUUCUUGAAGAGUGUGCAGAAGGUCUCUCUGCAUGUGCGCGAGUCAGACGGUACUGAAAGGAUGCUAUUCCAGGUCACAGCAGGCGAGAAUGCAGAGAACAAGCUGGAGAGGCCCAACUCGCUGAAAACGCUGGGCUUGGCCAUUGACAGCUACAGCAAUGGAGUUCCAAGUGAUUCGGUCACCUGUGCCACGUACCAGCUGACCAUUGAGGUACAGGAUGAAACUGCCAAGGAGACCCAGACGACCACGUGGCUGGUUUGCAAUGGCAUUGGUGGCCGAGGCAUGUGUGGUGAACUGGACUCCUUAGCUGAUGAUCUGAAGUUCAUCCCAACGAUUGGCAUAGCUUUGCCAUUGACUCUUCUCGACGAGGAUAAUGGUGCGGCAUCUAGCUUUUCGGGUCGGGCCUUCUGUUUCCUUCCGCUGCCCUUGGGAGAGGAAAGUAUGACAGGGCUACCAGUGCAUGUAAGCGGCUUCUUUGGCUUGACCGACAACCGCAGGAGCAUCAAAUGGCGGGAAGUGGACCAGUGGAGGGACUCAGCAGCUCUUUGGAAUGAACUCCUAAUCGUAACAGUCAUCCCAAGGGCUUACUACACACUCAUCAUGGAGACAAUUAGACGCGUUCAGAACAAGAAGGACCAAGAUUUCCCUCUCUCACCGGGAGGCAUUUAUAGAGCCUGGCCUGAUCCCAACAAGAUACGUCCACACUGGAGACCAAUUCUUGAGCCCCUGUUCCAUGACUUGCUCCAGCAGCCAGUCAUCUACUCACUCAGUAGCACUUGGGUCCAAGUAGACGACACUGUGUUUUCAGAGCUUGACUCCACAAAGGCCAGUACAGAGACUGUGAUCACAUACCUCCAGAGCUCAGGGAUGACAGUGGCCAAAGUACUAGACACCAUUGCAGCAGUUCUGAAUACAUUUGUCUCCAAACCGGACAGCAUAAAGAAAGUGACACCUUCUUUUGUACGACAGACUCUGAGGAAAACUAGGCACAAAGGGCCCCCCCAGGAGAAACUGCUCCUGCUCGAGUUUAUCCUCAGCGAUGCGUGCUACAGUGACCUCAUUGGACUAGAGCUGCUGCCUUUGCAAAAUGAGACUUUUGUUGCUUUUUCCUCCUCAGUGAGUGACAAGGAUGCUGUGUAUAUUGCCUCUGAAGAGUAUCCAAGGUUCCUCUAUCCAGGUUUGGAAGGAAGAUUCAUACUGGAAAGCAUUGCCCCCCAUGUCAUGAACAGCCUGAAAGAAGCAGCAAAAAGCAGAGUUCAGCAGUAUCUUUGGGGUUGUUCAGGAAGGCCCUGCACUCAGGUUCAAGUCUUAACCCCCGAGCGAUCAGCACGCCUCAUUAAAGAAAUCCUCACAACAGCUUGGCCUUCUAGAGAGUUUGCUGUUCAGUGGAACCCUGGCGAUCAAGAGAUGAAGCAUCCGUCAGCAUCCUGGAUCAGAAUGGUUUGGAAACAUCUCUACAUCAAUUUUCCCGAUGACCUAAGUACCUUUGAAGACAUGCCUUUGAUUCCCAAUGUGCCACUGAAUGACUGUGUUGAAUCGUUGAACCUUUUGCGCCUCAAGACUCCAUCCCCCAUCGUUACUGUGAGUGAAGAGGAGGGCUCUCUGUCUGAGGUCCUGCUUGAAGUCAUAAAAAAGGUUGGAGAAGUUGUCUUAAAAACACUGGAUCCAUGUUUGCAGCAUCCACUCCUGAAAAAUUACAUCCAUCGGCUGUCUCCAAGCACACUACUGCAAAUCAUGGACCGGAUCUCGCCCCAGAGACUAGUUAGUCAAGUAUCAUCACUCUCCGUCAAACAGAAGACUGCCCUCAGAAGCUUCUUAGCUGGUCUUAGUGAUGUCACCGAGAAGGAGAAACGUGUAAUCCAAGAUCUUCCCAUAUUUGUGAAGGUGGGGCAGCAUUCAGAGAAAGGCACUCCAUCCUAUACCUUUUUGAAGGGAGCGAGAGCGUUGCACCAUACUGCAAAGCAUCCUCCAGAUGUCAAGUUGUCCAUCAACAUUGUCGACAGCAGUGAUGAGGCCACAAUUCGUCUGAUUGGACUGUUAAACGUGGAGCAGGUCAAAAGCACUGAAUGUCUGAAGGUGAUUGUUCAGGACAUUGAGUCCAAAGGGUUCUACACGAAAGAAGAAGUGAAAAGGAUCAUGCUCUGGGCACUUACUCAUUUUUCAUUUUUGAAGAAUGAAAAUAAAGCAGUGGUCACUUGGCUUUCCUCCCUAAAGUUCAUAUAUUCCUCCUCAGGAAAACCCUUUGCACCAACAGACUUUUUCGAUCCUGAACUGGAGAUACUGCAGAAUCUCUUCUACAUGGAAGAAAAGUCCAGAUUUCCACCAGACACCUACAUAUCAUCUCCUGAUGUUCUUCAUUCACUUAGGCAGUUAGGGCUCAAGAAUGAAGUCCAACUUACUGAAAAAGAUGUACUUCAGGUUGCCCAGAAAAUCGAAGAAUUACAGGGAAGUCCUAAGCCAGAAUGGGAGUCACUUCUGAAGAAGGCAAAAACCCUUCUUACAAUUCUGAACAAACAAACAAAAUUGGUUAAGUCUGCAGAAGCUCAGGCAUUGCUACAGAACUUGAAAUGGGUACCAGUCUGCAAAGACAGACCUUUGAAUUACCCCAAGUCUCUUGCCUGGAAGGGAGACUCAUGUAAUAUUUCAUCCCUGUCUGAAAUGUGCGAUAUAUCCCAUGCAGUGCUGGUUGGUUCUUCUGUAGCACUUGUGGAACGAACAUCUGCUGGAAUGAAAAAAGCCCUGAAGUUAUCCAUGGAUCCUCAAGUCGACCAAGUGCUUCAGCAUUUAAAAGCAGUAAAUGACUGGCACAGAUCUCAAGCAUUCACCACAGAGGAUUGGUAUCAAUUCCAGCAGAUCCUUUUUGAAAUCUACGAGUUCAUGCAAGUUCAUUUAGCAAAUGCAAGAGAAGCAGUGAAGUCUCUGUCCUUUGACUGGGUAUGGACUGGAAAAACAUUUGCAUCUCCCUCCCAAACUGUCUUGAAGCCUAUACCAGACCUGGAUCUACAGCCAUACCUGUACUCCUUACCAAAGACUAUCGCAAAAUUCCACAAAUUGUUCAAAUUCUGUGGUUCAAUUGAGGAAGUUGUUCCCAGCCAUGUGUUCGAAGUGGUUAAAACAGUUAAAGAAAGAAGUGAAGAUGAAAUGUCCAAAGAAGAGAGCAAGCAUAGUCUCCUGCUGUUGAUAAACAUCUUACGAUGGAUUUACAGCAGUCAGAUAACAGUGGAUGUUGACAUGCAUGUGCCAAUUUUUUGCUACAAAGAUCCAAGCAAAUUAGUCAUGAAGCCAAUUCAUGAGUGCACUUAUUGUGACAUCAAAGUUGAUGACUUGAUUGACCUGCUUGACGAUACCUCAGAGCCCAUCAUACUCGUACAUGAUGACAUUCCCAUGAAAACUGCAGAAUGGUUAAGAGUACCUUGUUUGAGCACAAGGCUCAUUAACCCAGAGAACCUCGGCUUUGAACAGUCUGGGCAGAGAGAACCUCUAACUGUGAGAAUCAAGAAUAUUCUUGAGGAAUAUCCAUCUGUUGCAGAUAUCUUCAAAGAGCUUCUGCAGAAUGCUGAUGAUGCAAAUGCUACUGAAUGCAGUUUUCUGAUUGACAUGAGAAAGAAUUUGGAUCUACGAGAAAACCUUCUGGACCCUGGGAUGAUUGUUUGCCAUGGCCCUUCUUUGUGGUCCUUCAACAAUUCAGUUUUCUCUGACACAGACUUCCUUAACAUAACCCGACUCGGUGGAUCGAUGAAAAGAUGUGAAGCAGACAAAGUCGGCAAAUUUGGGUUAGGUUUCAACUCUGUUUAUCAUGUGACCGACAUACCCAUUAUCAUGAGCAGAGAGUUUAUGAUCAUGUUCGAUCCCAACAUCAAUCACAUCAGCAAGCACAUCAGGGACAAAUCCAAUCCAGGCAUUAAAAUCAACUGGAGUAAACAGCAGAAACGACUGAGGAAGUUUCCUAACCAGUUUAGACCCUUUAUUAAUGUCUUCAACUGUCAGCUUCCUCUGUCACAAGAGUCCCCAUACAAAUACGAUGGAACUCUCUUCAGGCUUCCAUUCAGAACAGAGCAAGAAGCAGCAGUUAGUGAAAUUAGCGGUAUCUACUACAACACCACAGAUAUCUAUUCACUAGUUGAUGAAUUCAGCAUCUGUGGCCACCGGCUAAUUCUUUUCACACAGCAUGUUGGAACAAUGGUCCUGAAGUAUUUGAAAUCUGAGGAAUCAAAUCCUGCUGCUGCACAAGAUGUAGUCACAAUUAACAAAAGUGUGUGGUCUUCCAAAGCAACAUAUGGUCCCCUCAGCAUUCUGAAAUCUGCAGCCAAAGUCAUGAAGAAAGUGGCAGCCACCAACAGAGUACCAGCUGAUGUUCCUAAGUCUGGUUGCAUUAUCCGCAUUGUCGUAGAAGAGUACCACAAUGUAUUCAGGCGAAUUCUUGAUCUGCAGUCCCCCCUUUUCAGAGGUUCUGAAGAGGAUCCAUCUUCAUACUUUGAGAUGGCAGCUAAAGGCUCACAAACCCAAAAGAGACUUAAUGAUGAUAUGCCUCAGAAGGGUGUUGAAAACACAAACUGGCUGAUCUGUUCAUGUAUGGAUGUGACUGAAGCUUUGAAGUUCUCCCUGAAUGACAGUGGAAAGCGACUAGGACUGGUGCCUUGUGGCGGUGUAGCAGUUCUGCUCUCGGAAGAAGAAAAUCGAAAAUGGACAGUGAAAACAAGCACCAGUCCAAUUGGAGAAGUCUUCUGCUACUUACCUCUCAGAAUCAAAACUGGACUGCCUGUUCACAUCAAUGGAUGCUUUGCAGUUACAUCAAAUCGUAAAGAAAUCUGGAAAACAGAUACCAAAGGAGAAUGGAACUCCAUUUUCAUGAGACACGUCAUUGUCCAGGCAUACUUGGCUGCACUUAGCACUCUACGAACAAUGUCAGAAAAUGGGGAACUCCUCGACUACAACUACUACGCAGCCUGGCCUGACCCUGGUCUUGUACAUGACGACUUCAAUUUGAUUUGCCAAGGCGUAUAUCAAGAAAUUGCCAAAGGAGGAGACAAUGACAAUGCCAGAGUCUUUUCAGAUGGCAAAACUUGGGUGUCAAUCAAGUAUGUCAGGUUUUUGGAUGACUCCUUGCUCUGCAGACCGGAUGUAGGACCUGCUGCUUUCAAAAUCUUCAUGAAAUACCUCAAGAAAUGUGGCUCCCAAGAUCUCUGUGCUGUUGAGCUGCCUGAUUGGGUCAAAGAAGGCUUUGAUGAUGCUGGCUGUAAAGGGAAACUGAUGGAGAACACACUUACAGAAAGACAGUUCUUCUCAGAUGUGUUUUUCCCAAACAUACAAGACAUAGACAAGGACCUCCGUGACCCCCUGAUGUACUAUGUCCUCAAUGAAAAAUUGGAGGACUUUGCAUCUAUACUAAGACAGACUCCAUGUAUUCCAUGCUCAGGUACUUCUGACAGACUUGUUCUGCCAUCUCGACUCAUACAUCCAGAGGGUAGAGUUGCCAGACUGUACAACAGUGAAGAUGGUCGCUUCCCUGAAGGAAGUUUAAAAGACUAUUUGAACCCAGUGUGCUUAGUGAAGUUGGUACAGUUGGGUAUGGUAAAAGAUGACCUCUCGUGGGAAGACUUGACUGAAAGGGCAGAGUCUGUAAUGGCACUCAAUGAAACAGACCAUGUAGCUGCAUGCCACAGGAGCAGUAUACUGCUUAGCCUUAUUGAUGAAAAGCUGAAAAUGACAGACCCAAGAGGAAAUGGUUAUGUUGAAAAAUUGCAAGAGAUCAAGUUCCUACCAUUCUUGACCAAGCCUGCAGGCUUUUCACUCCCUUGGCAUGGGAAUAAUUUUCCUCAGUCCACAAUUUUCUCUGCAACAGAACUUUUCACAACAGAACAUCAGGACACUGUGUGUUUAAUGAAGCCAAUCCUAAAUGAGAGCUCUCCAUCUUUUAAAGGUUGUGGCCCUAUCUCUCUAGCUGUGAAAGACUUCCUUGGGCUAAUUAAAAAGCCAGCUGUUGGGUUAGUCAUAAGCCAACUAAAAGAACUCUCCAAAUCAUUUGAUGGUGUCACACUGUACCAAGAAAACAUAACAAAUGCGUGCUACAAAUACUUACAUGAAGAGAUGAUGCACUCCAAUACUGCAAAAGAUGAAAUUACGGAGGAGCUGAAAACCUUCUGCUCAAUUUUAGUGGAAAACACUUACGUGAAUCCAUCCAAAGUGGCAUUUUACUUAAAUUUUGAUGCAGCUCCGUAUCUUUACCAGCUUCCUAACAAGUAUAGGAACAGCUGUCGUGAGCUCUUUGAAACCGUGGGGGUUCAACCAAGCUUCACAGUUGAAAAUUUUGCAUCUGUCCUAGAAAUGCUUAAGAGUGAAUGUGGGAGAAGAUGUCUUACUGAGGAUAACUUCCAGCUUAGUCGCAGAAUCAUCAGUGAAGGAAUAUGGAGUUUGAUUCGAGACAAAACUCAGGAGUUCUGCCAAAGCAACUAUGGACAGAUACUUUUGCCUGACAGCAAUCUCACUUUGCAGCCAUCUAAGUCACUCUGCUAUAAUGACUGCCCAUGGAUUAAGGUCAGAGAUUCAACUGUAAAAUAUUGUCAUGCAGAUAUCCCAAGAGAAGUCGCGGUGAAAUUGGGCGCUGUUCCUAAACGCCACAAAGCUUUGGAAAGGUAUGCUUCCAAUGUCUGUUUCACCACUCUUGGAAGUGAAUUUGGGCAAAAGGAGAAACUAACCAGCAGAAUCAAGAGUAUCCUCAAUGCUUAUCCAUCAGAGAAGGAAAUGCUGAAAGAACUCCUUCAGAAUGCAGACGAUGCCAAAGCAACAGAGAUAUACUUUGUCUUUGAUUCUAGAAUCCAUCCAACUGACAGGAUAUUUGAUGACAAGUGGGUGCCAAUGCAGGGUCCAUCACUCUGUGUGUACAACAAUCAGCCGUUUACAGAAGAUGAUAUUAGAGGGAUUCAGAAUCUUGGCAGAGGAACUAAAGAGGCAAAUCCUGGCAAAACUGGUCAGUAUGGUAUAGGAUUCAACUCAGUGUAUCACAUAACAGACUGUCCAUCUUUCAUCUCAAAUAAUGACAUUCUAUGUAUCUUUGAUCCACAUGCACGUUACGCACCUGGAGCAACAUCUGUCAGCCCAGGAAGAAUGUUCAGAGACUUGGAUUCUGAUUUCAGGUCCCAAUUUUCGGAUGUCCUGAACUUGUAUCUAGGGAAUUGCUUCAAGCUGGAACGCUGCACAAUGUUUCGCUUUCCCUUACGCACUGUAGAAAUGGCAAAGAUUUCUGAGAUCAGUUCGGUACCUGCUUCAGACAGGAUGGUCCAAAAUCUCCUAGAUAAACUACGAGCUGAUGGUGCAGAGCUGCUUAUGUUUUUGAACCACAUGGAGAAAAUUUCAAUAUGUGAAAUAGAACAUGGCACAGGCGAACUAAAAACACUGUACUCCGUGACUGCAAAAAUCACGGAUGGUGAUCGUCUGAAACGCAAGCAGUUUCAUGCUUCUGUAGUGGACAGUGUGACCAAGAAAAAACAGCUGAUGCAAAUCCCAGUACAGCAAAUUACGUACACCAUGGACAUUGAAGAUUCAGAUGGGAAUUUAACAAACUGGAUGGUGUGCAACAGAUCUGGCUUCUCUGACAUGGAAAAGGUGUCCAAGAGUGUAAUUUCAGCUCACAAAAAUGAGGACAUAACACUCUUCCCUCGAGGAGGUGUAGCAGCAUGCACAAGCCACAACUACAAAAAAGCUCAUAGAGCAUUCUGCUUUCUUCCCCUUUCUCUGGAGACUGGCCUGCCUUUUCACGUGAAUGGGCAUUUUGCCUUAGAUUCUGCCAGAAGGAACCUGUGGAGGGAUGACAAUGGAGUUGGAGUAAGAAGCGACUGGAACAAUAACCUGAUGAUGGCAUUAAUAGCACCUGCUUACGUGGAACUGCUGGUUCAGUUGAAACGUAAAUUCUUUCCAGGGCCAGACCCCACUAUGACAAUUCUUCAGGGUACACCAAUCCAUGUUGUCAAAGACAUCCUGAGAAAAUUCUUGUUUUUCUUCCCUGUGAACAGACUUGACAUUCAGCCAGACUGGUACUGCUUGGUAAAGGCAAUCUAUCAGUGCAUCAAUUUGGAUCUGAAAAGACUCCUCCCUGUUGUCAGAGCGCCACACAUAGACAACACUGAUAUGCAUUCAGCAGUGUACAUCUCUUGGGUGAACACGUCCACUUCAACUAAGAGCCGAGCAUUUUUUGACAACCUGUUGCAGGAUGAGCUGCAGCACCUUAAAAACACAGAAUACAACAUUUCCACACGCAAAUCUGUGGCAGAAAAUGUCUACAGACUAAAGGCCAUGCUUUUGGAUGUUGGCUUUAACUUAAUCCACAGUUGUGAUGAAACGUCCAGCCUUUACUUCUGCCUAGAAGAUGCAGGGAUUCCAGUCAGCUAUGUGACGCCAGAAGAUGUCAGAAAAUUCCUGCUGACAUUUCAAUCACCAGACGCAUCAUGCCAAGUUGGGAAGCUGCCCUGUCGACUGCAGCAGUCUAACUUCAAACUCUUCCACAGCCUGAAGCUCCUAGUGGACUACUGCUUUAAAGACAUAGAAGAGGAUGAUAUCAAAAUAGAGGGUCUACCACUGCUCUUGACAAUGGACAACAUUUUGCAAGUUUUUGACUCUAAACGGCCAAAAUUUCUGACCAAUCAUCAUGAUCUCAUCUCCUCCAGGAAAGAGCUGUUCAUGCACACCUUGUACAUGAGAUACAGCAACAUCCUAUUCAAAGCAGGUGUUGCAAAGGUUUUUGACAUCAGUAGUUUUGGAGAUUUAUUGGGAUCAGUUCUCCCUCGAGAGUACAGAACAAGAACCUCUGUGAAGUGGAGAGAAAACUAUGCUAGUGAAUCCUGGCUGAAAAGUGCAUGGCACUUCAUCAGUGAGAACAUUGGCAUCAAAGAUGACCAGACAGAGAUGAAGCCCAAAUUUGAGACCGUUCUGGACAUCCUUAAAGAUUGGGCUCUGAUACCAGGGAUCAAGUUUAUGGUGUCCAGCAACAAGUUAGUUGUACCAGAGUACGAUGUUUUGCUACCCCUGAGUCUUAUGUAUGCUGCCAUUUUCCCCAAUGGGCAGAAUGACAAAGUCUUCCACACCCUAACGAAAGCAGGGUGCUUUCAGAUGGCUGUAAACAAAAUUUGCGCCAAAGAGAAUCCCAUUGUGCCUCUGCUGGCCCAGCAGGCUGCAAAUAUAGAAAAUCCUUCCAGCAUUUUGAGAGCCCUUGAAUACAUGAUCCAGACAACAGCUUUCAAGGCAGUUAACCUGACAGACAAAGACUUUGAAGCACUUCUGUUAUACUUUAACUCUAAUUUGGCCAGCCUAAGCCAAGAUGAUGUACAAAGUCUAAAAUUGCUCCCAUGUUACAGAACUGUCAAUGGCCGGCAUAUAAGCAUUGCAAACUAUGGAGCUUGCUACAUUUUGAUCAAAAGCAUUCCCUCCAUUGACAUGGAAAAAUGGGCAAACACCACAUCUUCAGCUUUUCUAGCUGACAAUCCACAGCUCAAGGAAUUGUACGCCUUCCUUGGGUGCACCCCUGUUGAUGAUCUGGACGUCUACCUAAAGCAUCUUCUUCCAAAGUUUGACAUUUUGUCACAUGAUGGAAAAAUCCAGCAUCUCAUCUAUCUAAAGGAGAGGUUACUGGCACUGGAAGAGUCCAGUGACAUAAAGGAUCAACUCUACGAAAAACUGGAAGGUCUGUCAUUUAUUUACGACGCAACAAGCAGACUAAAACCUGCCAAAGCCUUCUAUGACCAAACUGAGAAAGUAUUUGAAGUGAUGCUUCCACCAAAAUCCUUCAUCCCUCCAGAUUUCUUCAGGAAAAUUGAGCAAAUGUUAAAACCAAAAAACGGAACUGCAUUCUUACCAUCAUGGAUUACAUUCCUACGCAAAAUAGGUUUAAAAUAUGUUGUGUCUCAACAGCAAGUCCUACAGUUUGCAAAAGAGGUCAGCAUCAAAGCUCAAACUGAGAACUGGUCCAAUGGAAAAGUCCAGACAAUUGUUGAUGUGCUCCUAAAUCACAUUUUCAAUGAGAGGGCAGAUCUUUUUGAGGGAGGAUUCCUCAAAGAACUUUCCAUGAUACCAUUCCUGUGUCCAGAGCGAGCUCCACCAGAACUUGUCAGACUUCAUCCUCAACAUCAGGAAGUGAAUGACACACUUCCUCUGAUUCGUUUCAGUGGGUCCCAGGUUAACCCAAAAUUUAAACAGACAGAUAUCAUGCAGUUACUUUGGACAUCCUGUCCAAUUUUACCAGAGAAGGCCACUCCAGGAAGCAUAAAAGACCAAGAGGGAAGCACAGUUACAGGACAGGAACAGCUUGACCAGGUUUUGGCUCUGUUGAAUGUCAAUAUGGACCCCCCUCUGGAAAAGGUCAUUAGCAAUUGCAAAAACAUCUGCAGCGUCACAAAUGUGGAUGAUGACACAGUCAAAACAAGAAGCAAAGUCUUGAGGAGCGCAUAUGAGUUCCUGAAUGCAGAUAAACGGGAAUUCCGUUAUCAGUUACGGGGAGUAGCAUUUGUUAUGGUUGAGGAUGGCUGGAAACUUCUGAAACCAGAGGAAGUUGUUAUAAAUCUGGACAAUGAAUCAGACUUCAAGCCAUAUUUGUACAAACUUCCACUUGAACUUGGCACCUUUCACCAGUUGUUCAAAGUAUUAGGAACUGAGGAUGUUGUUUCGACCAAACAGUAUGUUGAAGUAUUGUUUCGCAUAUACAGAAGCUCAGAAGGCAAACAGCUGGACCCAAAUGAAAUGAGAACAGUGAAGAGGGCAGUGUCUGGGCUCUUCAAAAGUCUUCAGAAUGAACCAGUACAAAUCCGCAAAGACCUUGAAUCCCUCAGAGAUUUAACCUUUUACUUGCCAAGUCACGAUGGUCGACUUGCCAAGUCAAACACGUUGGUCUUUGAUGAUGCACCACAUUACAAGAGCAGAAUCCAGGGCAAUGUUGGAGUCCAAAUGCUUGUUGAUAUGAGCCAAUGCUAUCUGGGCAAAGACCAUGCCUUUCACACUAAGCUCAUUAUGCUGCUUCCUCAGAAACUAAGGCCUCGACUUUUGAGCAGUAUCUUGGAGGAACAACUGGAUGAAGAAUCUCAGAAGAUGUGUCAGUUUGGAGCUCUUUGCUCACUUCAGGGACGCCUUCAGCUAUUACUUUCCUCUGAGCAGUUCAUCACAGGACUAAUACGGAUCAUGAAGCACGAGAACGAUAAUGCGUACAUGGUCAAUGAGGAAAAAGCAAUACGGCUGUGCAAAGCUUUAUGUGAGGGUUUGAAGGUGUCCUGCUUCGAGAAGCUACAGACCACAUUGCGAGUCAAAGGCUGUAGUCCCAUUCCACAUAGCCGGAGUGAAACUCUGGCCUUUCUAAAAAGGUACGGCACCUCAGUCAUCCACCUAUACAUACAACAUUCUGAUAGUAAGGACAUUAAUUUUCUGCUUGCCCUUGCGAUGACCCUAAAGUCUGCAACAGACAAUCUGAUCUCUGACACUUCCUAUCUUAUUGCCAUGCUGGGCUGCAAUGACAUCUACAGAAUCACAGAAAAGCUGGACAAUCUUGGUGUUAAGUAUGACUCAACUGAGCCCUCAAAGCUUGAACUUCCCCUUCCUGGGACACCUAUUCCUGCAGAGAUACAUCAUAUUCUUUUAAUGGACCCUUUGAAUGUAUUCUAUCCCGGAGAGUAUGUUGGCUACCUAGUUGACUCGGAGGGAGGAGACUUUUUAGGGUCUUAUCAGCCAACCUACACUUAUGCCAUCAUAGUUCAAGAAGUAGAGAGAGAAGAGGACGGCAACCCAAGCUUUCUUGGGAAAUACUACCAAAUUGACAUUGGAUAUAGCGAAUACAAAAUUGUGAGCUCCCUUGAUCUGUAUAAAUUUUCUAGACAAGACGAGAGCACCCAUAUUCGAGAUGGUGUCCCAACUACUCCUACAAGCCCAUCAGAGAGUCGCUCCUCAGGCCCCAGGCUGGUACCGCCGAUUUUCCCUGACAAGGAAAAGCACAUAACUCCUCCUCCAAAGGCAUCUCCGAAGAAGAUCAAGCUUAACGCAUUACCGGAAAUUCUAAAAGAAGUGACAUCUGUUGUGGAACAGGCUUGGAAACUUGCUGAAACCGAGCGAAAGAAGAUCAUAAGACGGUUAUAUCUCAAGUGGCAUCCAGACAAAAAUGCAGAAAACCUUGAUAUUGCCACAGAGGUUUUUAAGCACUUACAGAAAGAAAUCAGCAGGAUGGAGAAGCAAGCACAGGCAGAGCAGGCUGCAGAAAGAGCUUCAAGAAGAACUUUCUCUGCAUCUUCCACUCGCUUUCAGUCAGAGAAGUUCUCUUAUCAAAGAUUUUACACAUCAUGGAACCAAGAAGCAACAAGCCAUAAGUCGGAGAGGCAACAUUUUCGAGAGCAGUUCACCAGCUAUGCAGGAACGUCACAUUCUAGCCGAUUCUUUGUGCCACCAUCCUUCAAGUCUGUGGGCAAUCCUGUGGAGGCUCGAAGGUGGCUGCGGCAGGCAAGAGCCAACUUUUCAGCUGCACGAAAUGACCUUCACAAAAAUGCCAACGAGUGGGUGUGCUUUAAGUGCUAUCUUGCCACCAAAUUAGCAUUAAUAGCUGCUGACUAUGCAGUUAGAGGCAAGUCAGACAAAGACGUGAAGCCCACAGCACUGGCCCAGAAGGUGGAAGAGUACGGCACUCAGCUCACUGGGCUGGCUAAAGAUGUUCACAUCUUGGAAGGUUAUGGCGUUGACAGCCUCAGAACUCGCUAUCCCGACCUGUUGCCUUUUCCACAGAUUCCUAAUGAUCGGUACACUUCUGAAGUGGCCAUGAGGGUCAUGGAAUGUACAGCUCGGAUUAUUAUCAAACUAGAGACAUUUGUACAGCAGAAAAUAUGAGUAGGUAGAAAAAAAUCAGGGAUUGGAUCAAGAAAAGCCUUUGCAUUACAAAAACAAAACAGCGGCCAUGUGCAAUAUGAACACCGAACAUUAUGAAUACUGUACAAUGCAGGGGUUAUUAGAAGCAACAGUAUGCAUCCAGCGGGAAGCUUAUGCACAUUAUCAUCAAAGGUGCUGAGGCCCAUGCUUAUUGCAUAUGUUUGCCCAAACAUGUUCAAACAAAUGCUGCCUGAGCCUGAAGAUAUUUCUGUGUGUAACCCUUUACUUUAACAAAAGGGUUUUUUUGACAUGCAAGUGUAAAUAAAAGCUACUAGGCAUAGCAAUAUAAUUUUUUUCUUUUUAAACCAAAGUUUGUUUAUGUUCACCCUGUACAAAACCGAUACGAAUGUGCUGCUUUUUUACUUCAUCUUUUAUAGGAAAGUAUUUUUCUUCACACGGUCAGCCAUUUGACUGUAUUGUAAUUAGCAUGCAUUUGCACUGCACUUUUGAGUCAGGAGCGCUUGUGUGACUGCUGAGAUUUGGUAGAGUGGAGACUAUUGUAGACUAAACACUGGUACGAUUACAGUAAGAAAAAGUAACCUGAUUUAGUUUGAUGCUGCGUUCCAUUUAAUGUCAGAAUUCCUAGUGGGAAAGUACCUGGCAGAGGAGAUAGUGGUCACCUUGUGUGGUGCUCAGCCAUUGCUUUUCGGUUGUGCUGACUCCUGUAAAUUUCCCAAAUGUAGUCCCAACUUCAUAAAUCCUCUCUCUUUUUAGUUUUUACAAAAAAUAUUUUAAAAACUAUUGGGGCUUAGCGGUUAGAGCCCGGUAAUCUGCCACUUAUUGGCCCUUGAGUAAGGCCCUUAACCUCAACAGCUCCCAAGGCGCUGCACCGAUGGCUGCCCAGCCUUCCGGGCAUUUGUGUUCACUGCACUGUACAGAGGCCAUUUUCCAUCUGUGCUUACAGUACAAAUAUGGUUGACUUGUUUUGGCAGGAGAGCCAAACAUCUCCGCUAAAGUAAAGCACUAGUAUUAUACAGUUUAUCAGCACUUCCAUCUAUUUAUCCAUUUAUUUACUUUCAUCUCAUUAAGUCAGUCGUACACACAGUUCUGUCCAGUUUCUAUCUAUAGCCAUGUUCCCAUGUUAUUGCUAACCGAGCUAACCUGCGACUAUGCUAACAAUGCUAACCUGGGACAUAAAACUGUAAAUAAAACACGUUAUUUCAUGCUCCUACAUCUGAAUUCUAAGGUAAAUGGAACGCAGCAUAAAAUGUCUGGGAAUUAUGUGUGCUUAUGUGUCUUGUGGUGUUGGUGUGAAAGUUGUGUGACAAAAGAAUCACUGUAUUACGCAAAAAAUAUAUAAACAUGAUAUACUGUACUAUUGAGCAGGCGCAAGGUUCCUCGCGACAUACAGGAGCUCAGUAUUGAAGUUUCAGUUCGUGAAAAAGACCAGUAAAGUGCAUCCUUCAGUGCAGUAUCUUUUCAUUGGGUAUUUUAUUUCUUUGUGUAGCCUGUGGAAAUUGUUUUUUUUUAUCAUCUGUAUCUCCAAUGCACAGUAGGGCUGUUUGAGCACAUUCAAUUUAACAUGCAAAAAACACGCUAUAUACAGUACACUGAUCAGCCAUAACAUUAGCACCACUGACUAUAACAGAGGUGAAGUGAUUAUCUGGUGGCAUCCAGUGAUUAGCUAAAAGUGGUCCAAUGCAGUGGACCAGAAACGGGAUCAUGGGCCCCUAAAGUUUUUGAUGGUAUCCAUGGAGGCCCCAUUUUACAAUUAAAAUGAUUUAUUAAAGGAUCUGUUGCUUCAUGCCUGUUUGGGUCAUAUAACCAACAAUAGUUGGUGGCAUAUAACACUAAUGUUAUGGCUGAUCUCUGUAUGCUGUAUAUGCACAGACAGGUCCAUAAGUAUUUGAAGAUUUGGAGUGGAGAUGAAUGAGGUAGUGGAGAUUUGUAGACUUAAAUAGCAUUAUCUAUGUUUUUAAUUACAGUCAUUUUACAGGCCCAAAAACAAGUGAACAGACCUUUUUUGUAGUCAGUGACCGUCUUAUGUCUGGCAUCCAUGUAAAUCAAACUGACAGAUUUUCUUUCAAAAUGUCAUAUUUACUGAUGUAAACACAUUACAAACCUUUGAACUAAAGUGUAUUUGGGUUGUGAUUGUUUGAGUUCAGGAUAAUUUGUCCAUUUCUAAAAUAGUUUCACUGAGUAAGCUGUGGAAAAAGUGUGCUCAAAAAUAUCACCAAAAAGCACAUAAAAUGUCAACUGGGCUGCAGGUCAAAAUAUCAAUGUUAGCAGGGCCAGACCCAGCUUUACAGAAAACUACAGCUCUUACACUGCAUGUGCUACCAUUUUAACUUUCCCCAAAAACAUUAAAAACAUUAUGAAUUCGUAGAUAUUUCUUCUUUAAACACAACUGCAAAGUAGAGCUUAGAUUCUCUGCCCAAACCCGACCUGACUCAAGAAAAUAGUCUGUGAUGUAGGCGUCUGUUUUUAAAUGCUAUAUUUAUUUUUUAUUAGAGAUGAGAUGAUCGAUCGGCAGUGUAUCGGUAUCGGCCGAUUUUCAGCCAAAAUACGGUGUUUGAUUUUAGCCGAUCUGCUUCAGGAGUUUUAGGGUUAAGCAGAAAAGCAGUGCUGUGUGUGGAUGGCCAGUGAAACUGCUCGCUUACAGGAAGCUGCAGCUCCUCAUCCAACCACUAGUCGGAGCUGCAGCAGCAGCACAAGCCCCGCUCAGUCAGUCACUCAGUCAGUGCUACAGCCCAGCCACGGGCUACAGAGACAGCUCAGCCAGUCUGGAGCGUUUUUUACAGUUUUCUAAAGUUCAUCUGUGUAGGAAAUAAAAGUUUUAAUCCCACUAACCGGAUAAUACUGCUCUCUACAGUUAAUCUUUAUUACAGUUAACCGGCUAUUACUCACACGAUCAAUGCCUCUUUAACAUCUGGUGUGUUCCCGACUGCUUUUAAACAAGCACAGGUCACACCACUGCUUAAAAAGCCUUCUCUCAACCCCGCCCAGGUUGAUAACUACAGACCGGUCUCACUACUGCCUUUUCUUUCUAAAACAUUAGAAAGAGCAGCUCUCAAUCAAGUCUCUGGCUUCCUCACCCAAAAUGACCUCCUGGACCAGAACCAAUCUGGUUUCAAGAAAGGGCACUCUACUGAGAAGGCUCUGUUGUCUGUGACAGAAGCGUUAAAAACUGCUAGAGCUGCAGGACAGUCCUCAGUGCUCAUUCUGCUGGACCUCUCGGCCGCAUUUGACACAGUCAACCAUGACUUCCUCCUAACUAUACUCUCGAACAUGGGGAUCUCAGACAAUGCGCUGUCAUGGUUCAGAUCGUACCACACUGGGCGCUCGUUCAGGGUGUCAUGGCAAGGACGGCUGUCCCCAGCCCACUCGUUACCCACUGGGGUUCCCCAGGGUUCGGUACUGGGACCUCUUCUCUUCUCAAUAUACACCACCUCUCUAGGUCGGGUUAUCCGCACACAUGGUUUUUCCUACCACUGCUUUGCUGACGACACUCAGCUAUACCUGUCGUUCUCACCAGAUGAUCACUCAAUCUCUGCAUGAAUAUCACAGUGUCUCUCAGACAUAUCCGCAUGGAUGAAGGAACAUCACCUCCAACUAAACCUCUCAAAGACUGAACUUCUGGUCAUACCAGCAAAACCUUCUAUUCAACACAACUUUGCCAUAACCAUCGACUCUCUCUCUCUCUCACCGACAAAGGUUGCUAGGAACCUGGGUGUCAUGGUUGAUGACCAGCUUCUCUUCACGCACCAUGUGGCCUCAGUUGCUCGAUCCUGCCGCUUUGCGCUUUACAACAUCGGAAAAAUUCGACCGUUUCUGACGCAACAGGCCACCCAACUCCUGGUACAAGCUGUGGUAAUCUCACGCCUCGACUACUGCAAUGCCGUACUAACUGGCCUCCCGGCCUGUGUAGUAAAACCACUACAGAUGAUUCAGAAUGCAGCAGCACGUUUGGUCUUCAACCAACCAAAAUGGGCACAUGUCACUCCGCUGCUCAUUGAGCUCCACUGGCUACCAGUUGAUGCUCGCAUCAAAUUCAAAACUCUUACAAUCGCCUACAAGGUGAUGACAGUACAGGCUCCUUCCUACCUGCACUCGCUCCUGAAGGCUUACGCUACCUCCCGGCCGCUGCGCUCCUCCAAUGAACGUCGCCUCGCUUUGCCAAACACUCACACAAAGCAAUCCAGACUGUUCUCAUACAGAGUUCCCCAAUGGUGGAACAAACUACCUUCCACUACCAGAUCAGGAGAAUCUCUCGCUAUCUUUAAGAGACUCCUGAAGACAGAGCUCUUCAAAGAGCACUUACUCUCCUAACACCUCUAACACACUAACUACUUCUAACCUCAUCUCCUUCUUCCUCUUCUCUACUCCUCUAUCCCAUUAUUUCCCUCUGACCUCCUUAAGGCCCUAUCUAUAGAUGCUUUAUUUUUAACUUCUAUUAUUUUUGUACUUAACCUCUUCUAUUAUUUGCACUUCAAUAUUGUAAGUCGCUUUGGACAAAAGCGUCUGCCAAAUGUAAUGUAAUGUAAUCUUUCAGCCCAAGCAGCUAAAAGCAGCAGUUUAGAGCAGCCGUCACGGAGUCACUGCUCGGAUUACAUUAAAAACAGGUCAGUUAGCGCGCUGCUAACCUCAGGAUGUUUAUAACUAGGGAUUUUAGUGGACACGGCCGCCAGGUUAGACUGUUGAAGGCUACUGAAGACUAUUAAAGUCUAUUGGAGGUUAUUGAAAGGGUUAUUGGGGGCAGAAAUCAGUAAAGGCUGGUUAGAUAAGUGAUUCACUUCCUCGUCCUUUGCUGUGGUGAAACUGUAAAUAGCGCUGUCACAGUGAUCUUUAUUAACGUCAUUAAAACAGAUUUUGUCAGGUAUUGUCUUAUAAAUAUUUACACAUAACUUAUAUCUCUCCUGAAAAGCAUUUAUUUUGGUCAGUAACACUCUUGUGUUUAUUUACUAGCAGCGUAAAUUACCAUUGUUUGCCUAGGCGUGGAUGUAAUUAGGGGAAACUGUACCAGGUUUGUCUGGCACCUGUGUGGCAUUAAUGUGGCGUUUGGCCCCGCCCAAUAUCGAUAUCGGCGAUCGGCCCGAUCCAGAUGAAAGACGAUCGGCGAUGGGAAUCGGCCCCAAAAAACUGAUCGGUCCAUCUCUAAUUUUUAUAUAAAGCUAUGGCGUGAUAUUCACAAUAUAGUAAAGUAACACAUCAAACUGUUUAAAAAACGCAAGUUGCACAAGUUAGAAUAUUACCUGACUUGUAGCGCAGUGCGUAGCCUUAUUGUUUUGUGUGUUGCACUUAGGCUAUAUGAUUAAAAUAAAAAAAACAGUUUCUUCCUAUAGUUAUUUAUAUUCUAAAGCAUUGUUAAUUUUAUUAGAGUAGACAGGGAGAUUGGUUCUUAAAAGUUUUUCUUAAAUAAUAGGUUUAUGCUUUUUAAAUGUUGCAAUAUCAAUGAACAUCAUUCUGAACAGAUUUCUCUCAUUCAAACGGCCCGAAAAUGUUUUUAAAAAGCUUACUCUACUUACUAAAAAAUGUCGAGUUAAAAUCGGGCCCGGGUUCACAAUGACAGUUAAUGGGGCGGGGCAGGCUGAUCUAAGCUCUACUGCAAAGUAAGAAAUGAGACCAACGUGUGUCAAAAGGUUAAUGAAAAAAGGGCCACACUGUAAUUCAUUUUGAGCCUAUGAAAAUAAUUCUUAUACAGUUAAUGCAGAUAAUGACUUUUGUUAACUGUUAAUAAUUAAAAGCUAACGGUCCUCACAGCUUGAUUACUUUGUUUCUAAUUAAACAUUGAGGUGGUAUACAAAAGUGAUGUAACUACAAAUACUUAUGGACCUGACUGUAUAUACUUACUACAAAACACGACAGAUGAUCACUCAUCAUAUUUCAGGUUCAUUUUCAAAUACAAAUUAUAAUUUUCAGUCAAAAUGUGACAUCUGUUUGCUGUAGCCUCGGCCUGAUGUGCCACCAUCUGGUUAAUCUGGGAAACGGCAACAAUUAAUUAUUAGAAGAAAUCCAGUCUUUUCAUGUCUGAGGAACAUAAUUACAUAAUCAUAUGGUGCUCAGUGUCCCUUAAAGACUAUGUCCAUCCUUAAUAUCUGCUGGUCUCCUGCACUCCUAGUAUAUGUGGAAAAUAUUUAACAGGGGCUGUGGUUAGAGAGUUUUUUACUUCAUACAUUGCAGCUGCCACAAAAAUGGGGUUUCAACAUUUAGUAACUUUGCCACCCACUGCUGUGCAAUAGUGGGGAAAACCUCAAAAUUGAGGAGGAGUUACAGUGAAUUUUCAACCUCAGCCCCAGCUCUGUAGUCAGGGCUGGAUUAGCAAAGGCAUGGAUAAACUACAUAAAAUGGCUUUUGUUGAACACAUUACUUGUUUUAACAAAAUGCAACAAGGAGCAUGACUAUGAAACUGUAUGUAGCUUUUUUUGUAUUGUUCAGUGAAAGAUAAUGACUAAUUGUAAAACACUGGCUACAGCAUUCUUUUUCUUGAAUCAUGAUCUGUACAUCUUCUUUUUAUUGAAGCGUUACUUUUUUAUGUUCAGACCUAUUUCAUGUUCUACUGCAGCUCUGUAUCUCUGAAACCACUGCAAAUAUUGCUUGGGACAUUUUCUGCAGAUCCUGGUUGACCUAUAUCUCUUGUUAACGUCAACAGUGCCAUAGAUCAAAAUAAAUUCCCAGAAUACUGUU